UCAUUAUUUGAGGCUGAAUUUUAGCCUAAUCCCCCGCGCAUUCUCCUCUAUCUCUAUCAAAACCUUCCGCUUUCCUUGUUCCUUCGCAUCACGCACAGUAAUUUCUUCAAAUUUCUUUCUUAAUGCCCUAAAUUUUUAUUUAUUUUUUGUUCAUUUUUAUGCUGAAUUUCCUUUGACUCGGAUUCAAAGUUGCCGCAGAAGGGAUUGCACAAACAUUUCGUGUCCUCUCCUUGUGUGUUUUUAUGGCCAAUCCAUUGUUUCCAUAAAUGGGUAUUUCAUCUCUAUUGCUGGCUUUGACGCAGUGAAGCUCAUUAUGAUAUUAUUAUUGCAAGUCAAGAAAUUGCCUACAAUUCCCUAUUCACAAGCCUUUUGUGUGGUGCUUUUUGGGGUAUGAUGAUGAUGAUGAUAAAUUUGUAGAUCUUCUUUUGCAUCAAUUUUUUUGAGAACCAUCAGAUAAAAGAAAUAUGGAUAAGAAAGCCAGUGAGGAAGGUGGAGUGAUGCCCAAAAAUGAGAAACUACAUGAACUGGGGUCUAAGUUGAAGGGGAUAGGGAGUUUUAGCGAUAGAAACAUAGCUCCAAAGAGCCCUGGAAGCAUCAGUAGCAAAGAUAUGAUUUUUCGUGCUGAUAAGAUUGAUCUCAAAAGCUUGGAUGUUCAAUUGGAGAAGCACUUUAGUCGGGUUUUGUCAAGAAAUCUUGAGAACCCAAACCGUGUUCCCCAGGAAGAUUGGGAGAUUGACCCAUCAAAGCUGGAGAUAAGGUAUCUUGUUGCUCAGGGCACCUAUGGUACGGUUUAUCGCGCUACUUAUGAUUCUAAAGAUGUUGCAGUUAAAUUGUUGGACUGGGGAGAGGAUGGCAUGGCCACUGCUGCUGAAACUGCUACUCUGCGGGCAUCGUUCCGGCAGGAGGUUGCUGUUUGGCACAAGCUUGACCAUCCAAAUGUUACGAAAUUUGUUGGUGCAUCUAUGGGAACUUCAAACCUCAAGAUUCCUUCGAAAAACCCUUCUGAGGGAUACACCACCAUUCCCUCAAGGGCUUGUUGUGUUGUAGUGGAAUUCCUUCCUGGUGGAACCUUGAAAAAGUUUUUGUACAAAAACAGGAAAAAGAAACUCGCAUUUAAGAUUGUUAUUCAACUUGCUUUGGAUUUGUCUAGAGGGUUGAGCUAUUUGCAUUCUAAGAAAAUUGUACACCGUGAUGUGAAAGCAGAAAACAUGUUGCUAGAUACUGACAGAACUUUAAAAAUUGCUGAUUUUGGUGUUGCUCGUGUUGAAGCGCAGAACCCCAAGGACAUGACCGGUGAAACUGGCACACUUGGUUAUAUGGCCCCAGAGGUUCUUGAUGGCAAGCCCUAUAACAGAAAGUGUGAUGUGUACAGCUUUGGCAUUUGCUUGUGGGAAAUUUAUUGCUGUGAUCUUCCAUAUCCAGAUCUCAGCUUUGCUGAGGUUUCUUCUGCAGUUGUUAGACAGAAUCUGCGACCAGAAAUUCCCAGAUGUUGCCCCAGUUCUUUUGCAAGCAUCAUGAAGAAGUGCUGGGAUGCAAAUCCCCAAAAACGACCUGAAAUGGAUGAGGUAGUGAGCUUGUUAGAAGCGAUUGAUACUACCAAGGGAGGCGGGAUGCUCCCAGAAGACCAAGCGGGUGGUUGUUUCUGCUUUCGCCCAACUCGGGGUCCUUAAAAAUUUUCCUCACUGCCCCUCCCCUUAAACCCUAUAUUUGUACUCGUUUAUUGAUUCACUGACUUGCUUUGAGAUUUCAUUACGGGUGAUGAGGCACCUCAGAAAAUAAUCGUAGGGAAAAGUUCAAAAAGGUUUUAAUGUUUGAUCUUUUCAUGUAGGGUAAUUUAGGCUUCUUUGCAUUAUAAUGUCAAGUGGUAUUUUCAUUGGAAAACUAACAUUCCGCAUUUUAGUUUGUUUGGUGAUUCUCUGUCCUUUGUACUUUGUAGUUAGGUUGGAUUCAUGUGUAUACUGUACGUUUUAAAGGUUAUUGGAUUUGAUUUGAUCUUUCGUUAUUAA